AUGAAUAUAUUAACAAGUCCAGAUAAUAUAAAUGACUUUAAUGUGGAGAAAUUUGUUGAGAAAAGAUGGUUAUCUGAUAUAAGGGAAUUGGAUUUAGAAACGAAUAAGUGGGAAAUAUUGAAAAGUCCAUCUUUUAAAAAUAAAAAGAAGUUGUUUGAAAAUAUAUAUCCACAUUUCGAUUUUAUAGAAAAGAGAGAUGGUAGAAUACCUCGAUUCUGUUUACGUAUGAGAGUCACGAAGAGCAAGACAAAACACCAAGAAUUACUAAAUGGAUUGAGGACUAGAAUAGGUAAAACAGAACCUGAAUAUUAUUCAAAAAACAAGGCCAGGGUGUCUGAUAUUUUUGGCUUACAAAGGGACUCUGAAACAUUGGAUGACUCAGAAAUUGAUAUGCUCAUGCAAAGAAAAAGUAGACCCAUAGAAGAAGAACUACUAGGUCAAAAUCAAGAAGAUAAAAAGAUUGAAAGCGGUCCAUACUCUCCUUUAAUGGAAACAGAUGAUGAAAGUUUUGAGGAAGAUACAGAACAAGAAUUAGAUGGUUUUAAAGAAACUUACUUACUAGUAUCGGAGAAUUCUAUAUUUGAAGUAGGAAGUUUAAAAAUGCAACUUUUUAAGUAUGGCAUCAAUGACUGUAAAAUAUAUGAAAACGCAUUUGAUCAAAACCUAAAUAAUGGUAUAUUAGUAUUGGAAAAUAAUGGCAUUUUACUAAAUUUGAUUCCUAAUUCAGACGAUCUGAGUAAAUUAAUAUUAUUACAAUAUUGGACAUUAGGUAAUGGCUGUUUGAGUAAUUCUAAAUGGACUUUGGUUUUGAAUGAUUUCGAUAAUUCACAAUUCAUUGCCGUGAAUAAGGAAUUAGGGAAACUAAAAUUCUUCCAAUUCAAAAAUGAAUUAAAUUUUCAAUUGGUGAAUAACUUGGAUUUGGAGAAUACAAAAAUAAUAGAUUGUGUAUUUUUACAAAAUAUUACACUGCACUCAGAGAAAAAACAUUACAUAGUAUUCGCACCAAUGAUUCGAUUUGGGAGAAUAGCUUAUAUUUGCAUAGAGUGGGAUAGUUCAGAACCAAAAUCGAAAUCUGUUCAUCAAUUAACGUUACUGAAUACUAACGAACCUCUCAAAUGUAUCCCAAUUGGAUCUAAUAAUGUAUUGGUCUAUUCGGUUGAUUCAAUCUCUUUAGUGUCUGCAAAUCAGAUUAUGUCAGGUGAAACUUCCUUUGAGAAUUUUAGAUAUAAGCAGCUACGUGGCUUGAAAUCAUUCUUUCAAGCGCCACUCUUAGUAAAUAAAUUGAAAAUUAUUGAUGAAUCAAGAUUUGAGAAUGCAGAAUACUGUACAUUGAUGUUUACUGGAUCAGGAAACAUAUGCAUGGCUGUCAUGUUUCCCGAUAACUUAGUCAAGUUCUUUUACUUAACAAAAUUUAAAGGGCUUCUAAAUGUUUGUCCAGUUAAAUCAGAAAUCAAUUUAAAUCCAGAAUCCAAUUUUUAUGAAAUUAUUGUCAUUAGUUUUGGUCGCACUUUGACUUUAACCGUUGAUUUGUCACAGUUGUAUGAACUAACGGAACAAAAAUUAAAUAGAUCGAAUAUGUCACUAAAUGGUAUAGUGAAAAAACACACUUUGGAUAGCUCUAGUGAAUUAAAUACAGAUUUAUUAUGUGUUCCCUCUAGAUCAAAUUUUAAGUGUUCUGAAUUAUGGUUAACCUCUUCAAUGGCAAUUUCCAACUUGAGUAUGAGAACUGGAAUAAGGAAAGUCCAUACUCAUUUUAAGCUCCAUCAAUUCCAAAUAUUUAAUCGAUUCUUUGUAAUCAAUCAUAAUAAUAUUCCCGAUGAUUUUAAAGAUAAAAUAUUUGAUAGCAUUACCAGUUUGGAAUAUAAAAAAAGUUGCUUAAUAGUAGCAACUGAUUCUAUUUCUGUUUCAAGAGCAUAUAUAUUAGAGAUUUCUAAUGAAAGGCCUCAGUUGAUAGAUAUGGAUGAUCUUCUAUGUGAAACGAGUUGUGGAACUCUAGCAUUUUAUUUCACUAAAGCUAGAAUGGUUCAAAUUUCUACAAAAGCAGUGUAUGUUGAUUCCUUAGAUGAAGAUGAUUUGACGAAAAAAUCGUUUUCCCCAUCAUGGGAAUUAGAAGGAACAACUUAUUGGGGAAAUGAAUGUAUUGUUUGGAAUAAGGAGAAGGAUCAAGUUUGGCAUAUCGAUGAUAUUGAAGAGUUAGGAGAUAAAAGUGAAUUUAAGGAGUUUGCCAAUUUAAAAAAUUUUACUAAAGCAGUUUUCCAGGAUUUUGUACUUUUAUCAGAGAAGUCUAUCGCAUUGAAAAUAAAUGAUCAUUUGUGUAUAGUGCGAUCAAAAAACCUUGAGGAGAUUAAAAAUAAUAAAAAUGAAGAUUUUUUUAAGGUAUUAAGUGAGGAUGGCACUAGAUUUGUGCAAUUGGAAUAUAAUAAAAUUUCUUAUCUCAUAGACGGACCUAAAGUCAUUUAUUUUAAGGAUAAUGAUAGCAUCGUAGUGUCGACCAAUUUAAAAUCAGAUUUCACUUAUACCUGGAAAGGACACGGAUUUGGAGUCAGUAAGAUUCGAAAAGUUAGUAAGAAUAACUAUCUGAUUUUUUCAUCUUCUAGAAUUGCAGUAGUAUAUCUUGAAAAUGAAGAAAAUUCAUACCAUUACGAAUUAAAAGUUCCUUAUUCAGGUAAGUUUAAUCCAAUAUUAGACAUAAGAGUCGAUGAUUCAUCAAAAAUGUUCUAUGUUCUUUUUGCUGACGGACUUCACGUUUUAGAUCCAGCAUAUUUUACCUUUAAUUUGUCCAAUUUUUUAUUAAAAUCUACAAGAAGCUUACUAAAGAAAUUUAUUUAUGUGGAAAAAAUGAACAGAUUGAUCGUUACAAAUAUCCAAUCCAAUGAGUGGGAUUGUGUGAAGCUUGCAGACGGUAAAAGUGUAUCUUUAGAUGCUACGGUAUUGAUGAAUAUAGGUGGUUCAAAACUUACCAAUGUAUUGGAAUUGCCUUCUCAAAAAGGUUCGAACACCAUUUUGCUUCUCGUUAGUUUUGAGUCUGCAAUAAAAUUAGUUAAACUCGAUCCAAGGCGUGGUGGGAUUGAUAUAACGGAGCUGAACUGUUACAGUUUUGAUCUAAAAAUCAAUAACAAGAUAAUUGUAAAACCAAAUGGAAAUAUUUAUAUUUUUGCCAAUGGCUCAUUUCCAAGUUAUGAUAGGAAUAUUUCUAAUGAUCCUUCAACUGUUGUAAUGGAUAAACUUUAUUGUUUCAAUGUUGUGGGUGAACAGUUUGUUCCUAUGAAGACAUUGGAAUUCAAUGGUAGUAGUUUGGUAACUGAUUUUGAUGUGUGUGGUGAAAAUAUUAUAUUUACUACGAGUAAGUGGAAUAAGUUGUAUGGCUUUAGAAAUUUUAGUAAAAGCUGUGCCUCUGGAGAGUUGGAGUUACUUGAAUUUAUAAUACCUCUGAGCUCAUAUAUUAUUAAAAUAAAAUCAAUUGAUGAAAAUUGUUUUGUUGUUGCUACGAGGUGUGAAGGUAGAUCUGAACAUGUGUCGGAACUUCUAUUUUUUGAUACAACUAUCUUUACAGAUGUGACACCUAAGGAAGAUUUAUCGCUAUACAAUGUUCAAAGAGAAGAUCGUCAGCAUAUAUUUGAUGCGCCAGAUAAACGCAUUUCGAAUGAGGAUGCUUCUUAUGUAGGUUAUGAGAGUGGUGAUAAUCCCAUUAAUAAUGACAAUGGUUAUCCAAUAGAUCUUUUUUCCGAAGAGCCGUAUUUCACUGACGAUGAAAUUGAUUGGGAAGGAUAUGAUUACAUUUCAGGAGGAGUGAGAAAUACGGGAGUAUCAUCAAGAAUUACUGAGGACAAUAGGCCCGAUACUAGUUCAUCAUAUCCUUUUUCAUAUGUUGAAGAGCUUGAGACCCCUAGUUUGAGCACUAAUUUGUGGAAUCAAGUAGAUAAGCUGCAUUUCGAAAAAAUAUUAAAAGACAGGAAAUAUAAGCAAUUUGAGGACAAAAUCCUUAAGGGUAAAGACUAUUAUAUGGUAGUUCCGAUAGAGAAAUUAGUCAAAAACCUUACUUAUGACAAGAAUGACGGGAACUUGUACGUUUUAACGCAAGAUCAAACGGUUUUCCAAUUCCAAAAAAACUGUCAGGCUACGAACUCAACGGUAAAGAAAUACUACAUACCUUCAUUUAAACAUAAUUUCUUCAGGAAUCAAAUCACAGAGUCUGGUUAUUGGCCAGUUUCCAAUCAAGGAAGUUUCGAAAAGGAUUCAGUGAACUAUACUCUCUAA